AUGCCUCCAUUCAGUCUCCUAAUGACCCAUUCUCCUACUACAACAAUAUCAACAUUAGAUGCUGAUCAUUUGGAAGUUAGGAAAGUAGCUGUGAUCAAGUCUCCGAAUCACCCACGCCUGUAUUGCAACAAUCUCAAUGUAACAUGGCUUGUUAGUGUUCCUCCUGCAUAUCAAAUAAGGCUUCAUUUCGACAGCUUCUCAACGGAAAAGGGUCCUGACUUUGUAACCGUGAAUGAUGGAUGGACAUCGGACUAUUCGAGCUCAACUGAAAGAAGGCCUCUAUCUGGAAGUAUUGAUCCAGGUGACAUCGUAUCGAAUGGAUCAUAUCUCUGGGUCCAAUUCACCACUAAUAAUCAGGGGAGAUCAAAAGGAUUCAGGGCACUUCUGACGACUGAGCUACGAUUGGAGACACUGAGGUCUAAUCAUAAUGUGCUGAUAAUAACAUCAGUCUCAGUGGCAGUUCUGGUUCUUCUGAGCUUCAGCGUUUUCGGAUAUAUCAGCUGGAAGAAAAGAACUAAGGACGAGCAAGACGAUGGACAACAAGAGGGGCAGUACAUGGACCUAACACCAUCUGUUACGUCAUCACCAACCUACGAAGCUUUAGGAGCUGUUCGGCUUUCAAAGACAAAGGAGAGUCCGACAACUAAGGACGAGCAAGACGAUGGACAACAAGAGGGGCAGUACAUGGACCUAACACCAUCUGUUACGUCAUCACCAACCUACGAAGCUUUAGGAGCUGUUCGGCUUUCAAAGACAAAGGAGUGUCCGACGUACGAGAACAAAUCAGUAGUGAAACAUCAUCAAAAUAUUCACGGAAUAACUACAAAAGAUGAGCAUCCAUAUGAGCUUCCCAACUAAACAUAUUUUUGACCAAACUCUCCAUACGAUAUAGUACUGCUAGUUGGUAAACUGAAUAACAGAAAGUGCUCCCUUAGAUCCUCGAAAUUGAGAAGACCUAUCAUUCAAUAAAACUCGUGUUUCAAGAAAAAAGUAAUGAACUUUUUUCAAAUUUAUAUGAAUUCAAUAUUUAAAUUAACAUGAUUAAAUAGAUAGGUGUGGGUGCUGUUGAUAGCAGUAGAAUAUCGCUUUUGUUAAUGUUAGGUGGCUAAUGAGGAUUAAUUUUGAGUAUGGGAUAAACAAGAUUGAAUGAUAUUUCUUUGAAAAGUUGUUCUUAUAGUGGAACAAGAUUUAAUAUUGUCUGCAAGAUUAUUCCAAAUGUCUGGACCAUGAUUUGGAAUUGAUUUAGAAGUCAU